GUUGGUUUCUUACAGUUGUCCCAGAGAUAACCCUUUAGGCAACUAACGACAAAAUAUCCCCACGAUCGGGCAGAAUAACAACGGAAGCACUCUCUAGAUGUGAGGACACCCAAGACAGAAGGAUCGAGACGACACUCGGCUUCAGGAGGAGCUUGGCAGGUUCAAGUCUCUUGCGUGAGUACGUCAGCUAGCCCAUCCGCACAAAGAUCAGGUGUGGUGAGAACCCGAGAAAGCAAGGUUAGUGCUAUACUUGGUGUAGUGGUGAGAAUCCAAGAAAGCAAGGCAGGUGCAUCCACAUACAGAGGGGUCUGGGAAGCAAGGCCGAUGGCACUAUGGAAUGGCCUUGCAAACGCUGCCACCGUGGCGCAGGUUGCCGGAGUGGAGUCAGCCGGGCUCAUCUCGGUGAUCACGCAGGCCGUGCGGACUGCGAAGCGGAACAAGAAGGAUUGCAGGCGGCUUCUGCGCCGCGUGACGAUGAUCGGCGACCUCCUGAAGCAGCUCCAGGACUCGGAGAUGAUGCGGCGGCCGGAGAUCAGGAAACCGCUCGAGGGGCUGGACGAUACGCUCCGGCAGGCCUACGAACUCGUCGCGUCCUGCCAGAAGAGCAACGUCGUGUACCGCAUCUACGCGGCCGGCAACCAGGCCGAGCGGUUCCGCGAGAUCGAGAAUAGGAUUGACUCCUAUCUUUUGCUCUACCCUGUCAUCAGCCACAUCGACGUCACCCGUCGUCUCGAGCGAAUUUGGUCGGGGAUUGGCCUCCUGGGCGUUGUAUUUGGGUGUAUUUGUUCAUUGAUUGGGGUAUUGAAUAUGGUCCGGGUGAACCGGGUUCCAUCCAAUCAUGCUUUGAGGGGGCCAUGAAGAACACCUUCGUUCCAAGAAAAACUUGCUAUGGGUCUGCAGUUUGUACAUAUUUUGUCUCUGUCGCAUAUCUGUUGUGUGAGGGCAAAUGAUAAUGUUCUCUGUUGAACAGAUUGCAGGUAUUGAAGUCCAGUUAGUUAUUAUGUCCAGCAAAAUGCACUAUUUGAUAAAUAUUUAUUUUAGUUUGUAAUAUCCAUUAAAUCCAAAAAAUAUUUUCUUGUGUGGUACUA